GUUUCGGCAGUUCGUAGCGCAGCAGCCGCAGCAGCGCCGGGAAGGACCGAGGCCGGCUUGGGGCGGGCGGCGGGCAAUGGCCGGGGUCUCGGCGGAGAAGAGCACGCUGCUUCAUCUGUUCGCCGGGGGAUGCGGAGGGACAGUGGGGGCCAUCUUCACCUGCCCUUUGGAAGUGAUCAAGACAAGGUUGCAGUCCUCAAGGUUGGCCUUCCGCGCUGUCUACUAUCCGCAGGUUCAUCUGGGCACACUCAGCGGCGAAGGCGUGGUCCGUCCUACCUCUUUGCCCCCAGGCGUCCUUCAGGUGCUGAAGUCCAUUUUGGAAAAGGAGGGCCCGAAGUCACUUUUCCGUGGGCUGGGGCCCAAUCUGGUUGGAGUCGCGCCAUCCAGAGCUGUUUAUUUUGCAUGUUAUUCCCGAGCGAAGGAGCAGUUCAACCACGUCUUCGUACCCAACAGCGAUAUGGUCCAUAUCUCAUCGGCGGCUUCCGCAGCUUUUGUGACAAACUCCCUGAUGAAUCCCAUCUGGAUGGUGAAAACCAGAAUGCAGCUAGAAAGAAGAGUCCGCGGCUCGAAGCAAAUGAACACCCUCCAAUGCGCCAGGUAUGUUUACCGCUCCGAAGGCAUCCGGGGCUUUUACCGAGGCCUUACCGCCUCCUACGCGGGCAUCUCCGAGACCAUCAUCUGCUUUGCUAUUUAUGAGAGACUGAAGCAACUCUUAAAAGAUCCCAGCUGGUCCCCUUUCACUGGAAACCCGGAGAAGAAUUCCACCAAUUUCCUCGGAAUCACGGUUGCCGCUGCCAUUUCCAAAGGAUGCGCGUCUUGCAUCGCUUACCCACACGAGGUCAUCCGGACGAGGCUACGCGAGGAAGGAACCAAGUACCAGUCCUUCCUCCAGACGGCCCGGCUGGUAUUCCAAGAAGAAGGCUAUUUUGCUUUUUAUCGCGGACUUUUUGCCCAGCUGAUGAGGCAGAUACCAAACACGGCGAUCGUCCUGUCCACCUACGAAUUGAUCGUGUAUCUGUUAGAAGAGCAAGUGAAGUAGCCGUCCGAAGCCCAGAUCGAAUGCAGCCAGUAACAAAAUUAUAUUAAUAAUAAUAAUAACAACAGCACAAUGAUUGUGGGACAGUUCACAACAACACACUAGGGGGAAAAACAAACUUUCGAAACGGACAGUCUGCUUGCUGGAUGUUGUUUUGAGGAGGGGGCAUUUCUCCUCUCCGCCCUCCCCUUCCCCCCUCCUCCCCCCCAUUGCAAUUUUUUUUCCAGUCUUUGUUUUUAAAGGUAACGUAUGUUAAUAAGGGUUGUUGGUUUGGUUUUUUUUUAACUUAAAUGAGACACGGUUCAGAAAUUAAAAGAAUGACUGAAUUAAAUUAUGUUAUUUAAUUUCUGCGGAUGCUGUUGGACAGACUCUUCUUUCAUAUGCUCGUUUCUUUUCUUCUUCUUUUUAUCGUGGAAAGUUGUGAUUUUUUGAUUGGGAGAGGUUGCUUGGAGGCGGGGGGUGGAAAAAAACCAACAACCCGCC